AAUUUAAAUAGAGCGAAAUACGUCAAUUCUAAUUAAUAUUUCUCAGCCUUUUCCUUUUUAUAAUAUACCAUUGUAUUAAUAUUUAUAACGUGUACGGUGUGUAUUUUCAUGAUUCAGUGUAAACCUAACCUUUGAACUUUUGUUUAACGAAGACCGUUUGCGUUAUCGCAUUAUUCGUACAAAACGGCAUGGCUUGCGAAGCAUGUAACGUAAAAUUCAAUUUUUUCACACGAAAGAAACAAUGUACAGAUUGUUCGAGGUAUUUUUGUUCCGCAUGUGUGAUCAAACGACUGCAUAAGACCUUAAACUGCACCAGUUGUGGUAUAUUAUCGCAAAGACCUUUGAUGCGAAACCAAAUUAUGCAAAUGCGCUCUAAAGAUUUGCUGAGAUAUCUGUUGGGGAACAAGGUAUCCAUCAAAGGGUGCAUCGAAAAAGAAGAUUUAAUAGAACUAGUGAUGAUAUUUGCUAAUGGUAAUAGCGAUUAUAAAAAUAUAGAAAUCCCAGAGAACACAAGGGCACAGAACAUUAGUAGCUCUGCUUCGAGCCAACUAGUAGACAUAGAAGACGAACACACCUAUGAACCUUGUACUCGAGAGCAUGAACAUGAACCUUGUGCUCAGGAACAUGAGCCUAGCGUUCAGGAACCUGAACCUUAUGCUCAAGAACAUGAACCUUAUGAUCAAGGGCAAGAAACUAGUAGUAUGAGGAUCGAUCAAGAUGAAAUUAUAGAUAUUUCUGAAAGUACUUCUAGUCCAAACGAGGAACCAGAGCCUGUUAUCUCAGAAGAAGUUGAAAUUUCAGAAAUUUCCAGCACACAGCACCAUUCUGAUACAUUUACAAAUAUUCCUAUGUGGUCAGACCAUGUAAAGCUAUCCGAUAUAAAUAAUUUAUCGGAAUUGGAAUAUUUAUCUGUAAAGCAAUUAAAAAAUUUGUUAAGUAUAAAUCGUGUAGACUAUAAAGGUUGCGUAGAAAGACGCGAACUGUUGGACAGAGCGUCCAGAUUAUGGCAAGAACAUAAACAGUCGAAAACAGCCAAGGAAAUAUUGGAUGAAAAUCUUUGCAAAAUCUGUUGGGAUGAACCGGUCGAAUGUGUGAUUUUGGAAUGCGGCCAUAUAGCAUGCUGUCUGAAUUGUGGCAAACAAAUGUCCGAAUGUCCAAUAUGUAAACAAUACAUAGUGCGGGUGGUACGAUUUUUCAAAGUUUAACGAAAAUUCAAGAACUCAUAACAUUGUUAUGCCAAUCAGUGUUUCAAGCGAGAAAUCAAAAGGGAAACGAACACAAGUUUUAAUUUUAUUGUACUUGUGCCGAAAUACUUUCGAUAAAAAAAGUGUGAUUGGCACAUUUUAUCUAAACUAUAGAUUACAGUAUAUUUCUUCGGUCUCAAAACAACCGUAACUAUAUCUAGUUUUUAAUAUUGAAGUACAUAAGUUCAAGAACUGAAUAUUAAUAUCGAUGUUCGGAGUAUAUUUUAAUGGUUCACGGAUCCAACAUUCGGUUUAAGAAAAUUAUAUUGUGACGUGCUAUUAUGACGCGAAAGAUUAAAUUCGUUACUGCGUCUCGUUAAUUAAUUUCUUAUACGUUCUUUGAUAUAUUAUUUGUCGUUUAUAACGUGUCACGAAUAUUCAUGUUGUUAUUGAUUCUAUAAAUAUAGAUGUUACGUGAUUUAUAAAUUUUGGAAACGUAAUUGAUACUGGUUAAAGCAUAUGGGUAUAAGCCUCAACCAGUAUCGAUUGUCAAAACUUGGGCUGUGAAGGCCACAAAUAUCUUAUUCUGUAAACAUAUUUUUUGUAAAUACAAUAACUAUUUGUUGAUAAGUCACAAUUAAUAGAUUGACAAUCGUGACUUGGAAAGUAAGGAGAGAAGAUGUUUAAACAUUUAUGGAGUAGGUAGGUGAAUCAGAUGCGUACUGCAGAUAAUAUGCAAAUGAAGAAACAUCUUGAAUCGCUCCAAAUGUUCAACUGUCUUUGGACACUUAAAAAAAAAUUUGUUGUCUCAAAUUUUCCAUACAAGUACACUGAAUCGAUUCUGUAUACAAUUUCUGUAUAAUUUUCAUUUUUAUGCAGAAAGCUGUAAACUUCCAUGUGAAUAAGAAUGUUUAUAAAAGAAAACAAGAAAAAAAAAGACAUA